UCAUCAGCCAGAAUAAAGCCGGCUUUCCUUCGCUGCUGAAAUGUGUGAAAUUAGCGACGUGUCUCCUGAGAACCUGUGUUAAUUUUUAAAACAUAAACUUCACCAUGACCAACAAAACGACUCCUCUCCUUUUUAAGGCGCUGCUGGGGAUGUCGGAAGCCCACUCUUCAAAGGUUGUGCGAAGAAACACGAAAAGAGCAAAUAUCAGAUGCGUGGGUACCUGUGGGGCCCUGGAAGUGAGGAGGGCCAGCCUUCCCCUCUGCUCCGCCAUCCCCGUCAGCACACCAGCCCGCAGCUUCAUCAACCUGGCUGCUCCUAUCAGCACCCGCAGGAUGGAGUACUCCGAGUGCCGGACAUUAGGGUAUACUCCAGAGCAGAUGUACAGCGUGGUAGCCAGUGUGGACCAGUAUCAGCACUUUGUCCCCUGGUGCAAGAAGUCUCGCGUCAUCAAGAGGCGAAAUGGUAACAUUCAGACAGAGCUCGAAAUAGGUUUCCCGCCCAUCGUGGAGCGCUACACCUCUGAGGUCACCGUCAUCCCUAACCACAAAGUCAGGGCUGUGUGCACUGACGGAUCCCUCUUCAGCCAUCUCGAAACAAUAUGGAGGUUUGCCCCUGGAGCCAAAGACCUACAAGCCUCCUGCAAAGUGGAGUUCUGUGUGUCCUUUGAGUUCAAGUCUCUGCUGCACUCUCAGCUGGCCAGCAUGUUCUUUGACGAAGUGGUCAAGCAGAUGGUCGGUGCCUUCGAGUCACGGGCAGCGAUGCUUUACGGAAACCAGCCGCAGGAGGUGCCACUCAGGAGGCGGUCGGCAUGAGGCGACCCCUUUCACCUCCCGGACUUUUAACCAAACCCUGCUCUGAUUACUGUCAACACUUGUCUUACAAAGGAGACUGGAUCUUCUUUCUGUAUUCACUCAUAUAUUCUAUUUGAGUUGACAUGCACAUGGAAUAUACUUACUUAACUAUUUAUCUAUAAGCCACAAGUUAAUUUAUUAAGCCACAAGUUAAUUUAUUUACUUGUACAUAUAUUUAUUUUUGGGAUAGGAAUAAAUCUUUGGUUUUAAAUUCAACAUGUUGAACACAAAUGUUUUCUUUGUAAAACUGUGUAAGACAAGUAACUCCUGCAGUGCCGAAGCAUCUAAAAGGAUUUAAAGCUUUUUUCUUGUCCGGCCUUUUUAGUAACUGGAAUUAAAAAGCUUUUAUUUUGAUAAACCUA